UGAGAAGUGUGUCCCCUACCAGCAAGGACCUUACAAAAUGAUCUGGGACUUUCCAUUUCAGCUGAGGACUUCUCCAGGUAUAAAAAUUUAUGCUGGUUUGUGUGUUGUUUUUCCAUCUCAGGUUUGGACUUCCUAAAAAAUCAUUUCAGUGACCAACAGCACUUGCUAACGUGACAUAAAGCAGCUCCUUCUGCUUUGCCCACGGUGACUUUUGCCUAGAGUGGAGUGGUGGGCACAGGCGGCCGCACUGUUCGUCAAUGCCACCCCUGGCAGGACCUGAGGACCAGGGGCAGCCAUGCCUCCCCCCGUCCCAGCUGCCCCAUGCUAACCUACAAGGUGUUUGGGGCCCCAGAGGACUGACUGACUGAGCUCGCUUCACACCCAAAACAACUCCCCCAAGAUGUCGCUCGAGUGGCUGGUGGGCUGGAGCUGGUCGCUGGAUGGCCUGCGGGACUGCAUCGCCACGGGCAUCCAGUCCGUGCGGGACUGCGACACCACCGCCGUGGUCACCGUGGCCUGCCUGCUGGUCCUGUUCGUGUGGUAUUGUUACCACGUGGGCCGGGAGCAGCCGAGGCCCUACGUCUCCGUGAACUCCCUCAUGCAGGCCGCAGAUGCCAACGGGCUGCAGAAUGGGUACGUGUACUGCCAGUCCCCCGAGUGCGUGCGCUGCACCCACAACGAGGGCCUCAACCAGAAGCUCUACCACAACCUGCAGGAGUACGCCAAGCGCUACUCCUGGUCCGGCAUGGGCCGCAUCCACAAGGGCAUCCGCGAGCAGGGCCGCUACCUCAGCAGCCGGCCCUCCAUCCAGAAGCCCGAGGUCUUCUUCCUGCCCGACCUGCCCACCACGCCCUAUUUCUCCCGGGACGCCCAGAAGCACGACGUGGAGCUGCUGGAGCGGAACUUCCAGACCAUCCUGUGCGAGUUCGAGACCCUCUACAAAGCUUUCUCGAACUGCAGCCUCCCACAGGGCUGGAAAAUGAACAGCACCCCCAGCGGGGAGUGGCUCACCUUUUACUUGGUCAAUCAGGGGGUGUGCGUCCCCAGGAACUGCAGGAAGUGUCCACGGACGUACCGCUUGCUCGGAAGCCUUCGGACCUGUAUUGGUAACAAUGUUUUUGGGAACGCGUGCAUCUCCGUGCUGAGCCCCGGGACCGUGAUAACGGAGCACUAUGGACCCACCAACAUCCGCAUCCGGUGCCAUUUAGGUCUGAAAACUCCAAGUGGCUGUGAGCUGGUGGUAGGGGGAGAGCCCCAGUGUUGGGCAGAGGGCCGCUGCCUUCUCUUUGACGACUCCUUCCUACACACCGCCUUCCACGAAGGUUCAGUGGAGGAUGGCCCCCGGGUGGUGUUCAUGGUGGAUCUGUGGCACCCGAACGUCGCUGCAGCUGAACGGCAGGCCCUGGAUUUCAUCUUCGCUCCCGGCCGAUGAGAACACUUCCCGCGCUGGGGUCGGCGAGAGUGGCCUCGAGUCGGCCUGGACAGACGGGGGUGCAGCACAGCACCCACGUGUUUCUAUUCCAUGCUCAGAAACCUGCCUCAACAGAAAGCUCUUCUCCGGGGGUUUUGUACCAUGUCGGGUCCCUCUUUCCUUUCGUUCUCAUUAGUGGGAAGUUUUCAGCUUGUAUUUCCUUAGGUUUUUCCCUCCGUUCAUUUGCUUCUGCAAUUCGUUUCUGCCUAAUGGUGCAUUCCUGUGCCCUGUGACCAGAGGCUUGGUGCCCCUGGUGUCUGUGUCACGUUGCUACUUGGUUUUUUUUAGUCAUCUGAAAUAGAGUAAUCAGAUGGUUCUUAGUGUGAAUGUAACAACGUAAAACUUGUGGUCACCUUAAAAGAAAAAACAAAAAACACUGCAAACCAGACGCUGGAGAACUUGGCCUUUGCUGCUGUCAGUCACACAGGGGACCCCCUCAACCCUCCAGGCAGGUGAGAGUCUGCAGUCCCUGCACCUGGCUGGCUGCAUUGGCAGGGUGGACAUGGUCAGGGGCAGUGCACAGGGUCACUGCGUGGGGAAAUGUCACCAUCCACUCACCCACUGCAAACCCUGGCAGGUCUCUGAUGGCAGAGAGCAUUUGGCUUCUGGGACUGGAGGCUUUUCUGUACCAUCGCUUCCUUCAAAGCUGAGGCUGGUGUCAUCUUUGAGGCUCCCACGGAUCAGCCACUGAACACGUAAUGCACUUACCUCACUGCCUACAGAAGCCCCACUGCCAAACCGGGCCUGGACAGUCCCCAUUUUAGCUAUUUUGAUGAUGAACUUUGAGACCACCUGGUUGGCCAAUCAGAGCUGUGGCGGGACAAGAUCUCACUCAUCCAGUGACGUUGGCAAAACUGGAAUUGUAGAUGUGACCCAAGUGUGUGUCUCGUUUGGAGUUCUGUUGCCUGUGAUUUUUCCUUUGUCUGUACAUAAACGUUCAAAUGCUGGACUCAGAGACAGUGAAGAGUCAGCCCUGUGUCCCUGUCGUUGCACAAGCUGUGUGCUAAGUGAUGGCAGCCUGAGCGAACGUGUGAGCGAGGACACUGGAAAGACUGACAGACCCAGAGGACCUGCAGUCCUGGAGCUGGCCUUUCGGUCUCCUGUGAAGGACGUGGCCAGAUGGAGGCAUGAAGUCUAGAAGCAGCUUCCUAUUAGCUGACGUGGCGGGCAGCCUCCGGCCCUGCUGGAGAUGCCGAUUUGAACGAUGUGUAACGGCAGUGUCAGAUCAAUAGGCCGAGGUGCCGUGUGGAAUGCACGCUUGUCACCUGUGCGGGUCCAGUGUUCUGCCAGAAUGGAAGCCAGCAGUUUCUGUGACAAACAGCUGUCAGAAAUAAACAUCUGAAAUCCACUAGGCAGUUACUAGCAAGUGUGCAAAGAAACGUGUCUACAGUUGAGUAAAAUUUCUGCAGGAUAUUUUUCAGUGAUUAGAAUGCAAGAGAGGGCAGACAUCUCAAAACACCUGAAGUCUUUUUCCUCGUUAAGUGUUUGCUAAAGAACCACUGAGGUGCAUGAUUUUUAUACGUACCGACCGCUCUACGUUUACAAAGCCAACAGCCCGCACAGGUACCUGGCUGCCUGUGCUCGUGUGACACGAUCGGGGAACAGGAGAGAAAUAAAAGAUCUUGCUGAAA